UUUUGCCACUAACGACAGUCAAACUGUUGCACAGCGGAGCUUUAGUAUUACUCAACAUUAAAAGGUUUCCUCAUGUCACUGUAGAAGAUGUUGUUCACUCCAACAGGUUUAAGUGAAUGUUUACGCGAAUGGGAGGAUUUAGAGGAGAAUUAUCAACAAAUUCAGGACACCCAUCGUCUAUACAAGCAGAAGCUUGAGGAAGUUACCAAACUUCAGGACAGCUGCUCUGGUGCUAUAGCACGUCAGAGGAAGAAGCUAAAAGAGCUGACUGUGUCACUUGAAGAAUGCAAAGAAAACAGUCCUACCCCCAAACUAAGUCCUGAGGAGAUGAAUACCAUCACGGAAAUCGAGGACUCCAUCAAAGAGAGAACAGAGACAUUCUGUGAGAUGGAAGCUUUUCUACCAAAGAAGAACGGGUUAUACCUCAGUCUUGUUCUAGGAAACGUCAACGUAACACUCCUCAACAAACAGUCAAAAUUUGCCUACAAAGAUGAAUAUGAGAAAUUCAAACUGGUCCUGACGGUCAUCCUUUUUGUGUUCUCCUUCACGUGUCGCUUUUUGUUCAGCUACAGAGCCCUGGAUGCUCUCUUCAACUUCCUGUUGGUGUGGUACUACUGCACACUCACCAUCCGGGAGAGCAUCCUCAUCAGCAACGGCUCAAGGAUCAAAGGUUGGUGGGUUUUUCAUCACUAUGUGUCCACCUUCCUGUCUGGGGUCAUGCUCACCUGGCCUGAGGGGACUCUCUACCAGAUGUUUAGGAGCCAGUUUCUAUCAUACUGUCUCUACCAAAGCUUCGUCCAGUUCCUCCAGUACUACUACCAAAGUGGAUGUUUGUACAGACUCAGAGCGCUUGGAGAAAGACAUAACAUGGACCUUACAGUUGAGGGUUUCCAGUCCUGGAUGUGGCGAGGAUUGACCUUCCUCCUGCCAUUCUUGUUCUUUGGUCAUUUCUGGCAGCUCUACAACAGCAUAACACUCUUUAAGAUGUCUCAGCUCCCUGAGUGUAAAGAGUGGCAGGUCAUGAUGUGUGGCUGCUCUUACAUGGUUCUCUUCAUGGGAAACUUCUUCACCACGCUGGGAGUUGUUUACCAGAAAUACAUGAACAACCAGGACAAGUCCAAGAGCUUAUAAGAGUGGGAGAACAAACUGAGCUGAAUCACCAAACAUCCUCUAUAUUUAUGCAAAUAUGUCCAAACAGCUGUUCUAUUCUCUUUAAAGCACCUUAUGGAUGUUAUGAUUGUCGUCCUUUAAGACUUUCUAUAUGUAUUGCCACUUUUAUCUGUGUCCUUUAAAUUUAAAGGUGUGUAAAUAAUAUUUAAAGUGAUUUGUCAAAACAAGCUGUCCCAAAUCAACGAGGUACCUCACAGGUUUUACUGAGCACCACCAUCAGGUUUCUGUCAGGUUAAGAUUAAAGUGCUAAUAAGAGUGUUACUAUAUCAUAUUUAUUUUGGUGUUGCUGAGCUACAGCUACUGAUGCAGGCCUUACAAAGAGAUGCUUUAAUGAAACACUCCUCCAAACCCUCCACUUCUUUUUGUUUACAUGAUUUCCCUAAAAACAUCUUAUGUAAUUUAAGUGCAUCAUGAGACCCCAAAUUUAAAAAAAACUUAAUAUGUUUGACAAAAACUAAAGAUUGGAGAAAGAUGAAAUAAAAAAAUCAGUACA